UGGGUAACGGGAACGCGGUAGCCUGGCGGGGGAGUCCUGGUGCGCCUGCGCACUUACAAGAUCGGGGGUGCCCCUGGAGCCUGGAAAUGAAGCGUGUUUUCUCCCUGCUAGAAAAGACUUGGCUUGGUGCUCCGAUACAGUUUGCCUGGCAAAAAUCAUCAGGAAACUUCAUUGCAGUAACAGGAGCUGAUUAUAUUGUUAAAAUCUUUGAUCGCCAUGGCCAAAAAAGAAGUAAAAUUAGCUUACCUGGCAACUGUGUCGCCAUGGAUUGGGAUAAAGAUGGGGAUAUCCUGGCGGUGAUUGCCGAGAAGUCUAGCUGCAUUUUUCUAUGGGAUGCCAACACAAAUAAAACCAGCCAGCUAGACAAUGGCAUGAGGGAUCAAAUGUCUUUCCUUCUUUGGUCAAAAAUUGGAAGUUUCCUGGCUGUUGGGACCAUUAAAGGAAAUUUGCUCAUUUAUAAUCAUCAGACAUCUCGAAAGAUUCCUGUUCUUGGAAAACAUACUAAGAAAAUCACAUGUGGAUGUUGGAACACAGAGAAUCUUCUCGCUUUGGGUGGCGAAGAUAAAAUGAUCACUGUUAGUAACCAGGAAGGCGACACCAUCAGACAGACACCAGUGAAAUCAGAGCCCAGUGACAUCAAGUUUUCCACAAGCAAGACAGAUGACCGGAUUUCUUCUGCUGAAAACACAAUAAGUGCAGUGGUUGGCAAGAAAAUGUUGUUUCUUUUUCACCUGAAUGAACCUGAUAACCCAGUGGAUCUGGAGUUUCAGCAGUCCUAUGGCAACAUCGUCUGCUACAGUUGGUAUGGUGAUGGCUACAUCAUGAUUGGCUUUUCCCGAGGAACAUUUCUGGCCAUUUCUACUCACUAUCCAGAAGUUGGACAAGAGAUAUUUAAGGCACGUGACCAUAAGGAUAAUCUAACCAGUGUGGCAUUGUCACAGACUCUGAACAAAGCUGCUACAUGUGGAGAUAACUGCAUAAAAAUCCAUGAUUUGACAGAAUUAAGAGACAUGUAUGCUAUAAUUAACCUGGAUGAUGAAAAUAAAGGGUUGGGUACCUUAUCCUGGACUGAUGAUGGUCAGUUGCUAGCACUGUCUACCCAAAGAGGCUCACUCCACGUCUUCCUGACCAAGUUGCCCAUCCUUGGGGAUGCUUGUCACACAAGGAUUGCGUAUCUCACCUCCCUCCUUGAGGUCACUGUGGCCAACCUCAUUGAAGGAGAAGCCCCGAUCACGGUCUCCGUCGAUGUGGAACCCAACUUCAUCGCAGUGGGUCUCUAUCAUCUGGCUGUGGGGAUGAAUAACCGAGCUUGGUUUUAUGUCCUUGGUGAAAAUGCUGUCAAAAAGCUAAAAGACGUGGAGUAUCUGGGAACGGUGGCCAGCAUUUGCCUUCAUUCUGACUAUGCUGCUGCCCUCUUUGAAGGCAAGAUCCAGUUACAUUUGAUAGAAAAUGAAGUCUUAGAUGCUCAAGAAGAACGUGAGACUCGUCUCUUCCCAGCAGUUGAUGAUAAGUGCCGGAUUUUAUGCCACGCCCUGACUAGUGACUUCCUUAUCUAUGGAACAGAUACUGGCAUUAUUCAGUAUUUCUUCAUUGAGGACUGGCAGUUUGUUAAUGAUUAUCGACAUCCUGUUGGUGUGAAAAAGCUUUUUCCUGAUCCAAAUGGAACCAGAUUAGUUUUCAUUGAUGAAAAAAGUGAUGGAUUUGUUUACUGUCCUGUUAAUGAUGCCACCUACGAAAUUCCAGACUUCUCGCCAACCAUUAAAGGUGUUCUUUGGGAAAACUGGCCAAUGGAUAAAGGUGUAUUUAUUGCUUAUGAUGAUGAUAAGGUGUACACUUAUGUGUUUCACAAGGACACCAUCCAAGGAUCCAAGGUCAUUUUGGCUGGUGGCACUAAACUUCCCUUCUCCCACAAACCUUUGCUGUUAUACAAUGGAGAACUGACCUGCCAGACACAGAGUGGGAAAAUCAACUCCAUCUACCUCAGCACCCACAGCUUCCUUGACAACAUAAAAGAUGCGGAGCCUUCUGACCUGAAACAGAUGCUGACGCAGACCCUGAUGCUCAAGCGGUUUUCUGAUGCUUGGGAACUAUGCAAGAUGCUGAACGAUCGCACGGCGUGGAAUGAGCUGGCCAGAGCCUGUCUGCAUCACAUGGAGGUGGAGUUUGCUAUCCGAGUUUCCCGGACCAUAGGGGAUGUUGGCACAGUGAUGUCCUUGGAACAAAUAAAGGGCAUCGAGGACUACAAUCUUUUGGCAGGACAUCUCGCCAUGUUUACUAAUGACUUCAACCUGGCCCAGGACCUGUACCUGGCAUCCAACUGUCCUGUGGCUGCCCUGGAGAUGAGGCGGGACCUGCAGCAUUGGGACAGCGCUCUACAGCUGGCCAAGCGCCUGGCUCCAGACCAGAUACCCUUCAUAUCCAAAGAGUACGCCAUCCAGCUGGAGUUCACGGGUGAUUAUGUAAAUGCUUUGGCUCAUUACGAGAAAGGGAUCACAGGCGAAAAUAAGGAACAUGACGAGGUGUGCCUGGCCGGGGUGGCUCAGAUGUCCAUACGAAUGGGAGACAUCCGUAGAGGGGCUAACCAAGCCCUCAAACACCCCAGCAGGGUCCUUAAAAGAGACUGUGGAGCCAUCCUGGAGAAUAUGAAGCAAUUUUCGGAAGCAGCCCAGCUGUAUGAGAAAGGCCAGUAUUACGACAAAGCCGCCUCCGUCUACAUCCGCUGUAAGAACUGGGCAAAAGUUGGCGAACUUCUGCCUCACGUCUCCUCUCCUAAGAUCCACUUGCAAUAUGCCAAAGCUAAAGAGGCGGAUGGAAGGUACAAAGAAGCCGUGGUAGCUUAUGAGAAUGCAAAGCAGUGGAACAGUGUCAUCCGCAUCUACCUGGACCACCUCAACAACCCCGAAAAGGCCGUCAGCAUCGUCAGAGAGACCCAGUCUCUGGAUGGAGCCAAGAUGGUAGCCAGGUUCUUUCUCCAGCUUGGCGACUAUGGGUCUGCCAUCCAGUUUCUGGUCCUGUCCAAAUGUAACAAUGAAGCCUUCACCCUGGCUCAGCAGCACAACAAAAUGGAGAUCUACGCAGACAUCAUUGGUUCUGAAGAUACAACUAAUGAAGACUAUCAGAGCAUCGCCUUGUAUUUUGAAGGGGAAAAGAGACACUUUCAGGCGGGAAAAUUCUUCUUGCUGUGUGGCCAGUAUUCACGGGCACUAAAGCACUUCCUGAAAUGCCCAAGCUCAGAAGACAAUGUGGCAAUAGAAAUGGCCAUUGAAACUGUGGGCCAGGCCAAAGACGAGCUGCUGACCAAUCAGCUGAUAGACCAUCUGAUGGGGGAGAGCGACGGCAUGCCGAAGGAUGCCAAGUACCUGUUCCGCUUGUACAUGGCGCUGAAACAGUACCGUGAAGCAGCCCGGACCGCCAUCAUCAUCGCCCGAGAAGAGCAGUCUGCAGGAAACUACCGGAACGCGCAUGAUGUUCUCUUCAGUAUGUACGCAGAACUGAAAGCGCAGAAGAUCAAAAUCCCCUCGGAGAUGGCGACCAACCUCAUGAUCUUGCACAGCUACAUACUCGUGCGGAUUCAUGUUAAGAAUGGAGACCAUAUGAAGGGGGCACGCAUGCUCAUUCGGGUGGCCAACAACAUCAGCAAGUUCCCAUCUCACAUCGUGCCCAUCCUGACCUCUACUGUGAUCGAGUGUCACAGGGCAGGCCUGAAGAACUCUGCUUUCAGCUUUGCAGCCAUGCUCAUGAGGCCCGAAUACCGAAACAAGAUUGACGCCAAGUACAAGAAGAAAAUCGAGGCCAUGGUCAGGAGACCAGAUACGUCCGAGACAGAAGAGGUCACAACCCCGUGCCCAUUCUGCCAGUUUCUUCUCCCAGAGUGUGAGCUGCUCUGUCCCGGCUGUAAGAACAACAUUCCCUACUGCAUUGCGACAGGCCGACACAUGUUGAAAGAUGACUGGACAAUGUGCCCGCACUGUGGCUUCCCUGCGCUGUACUCAGAAUUCAAGAUCUUACUAAACAGUGAAAGCACGUGUCCCAUGUGUUCAGAAAGAUUGAACUUAAGUCAACUGAAGAAGAUUUCAGACUGCACCCAGUACCUGCGGACAGAGACGGAACAGUGAGCAGCCGGCCCAGACGUUGCUCCUGAGUAGAUGGCAUCUCCCCUCAGGAGGCUGUGCCCCCCUGGCAGACCUGGAGACGGA